AUGAAUCCCUUGACAGAAGAUCUAUGGGAAAUUAUACUAGCACGAUUACCAAUAAAGAUGAUCAAAUCUUCAAAAUUGGUUUGCAAGCAAUGGAAAUCGAUCGUGGAGUCUCCAUAUUUCCGUGACCUGUUCUUGUCUCUUCACGAAAACUCGCAUUGUUCUUCAUGGUCGCUCAUGUUUAGUUGUUCAACGAGAGAAAUCGUGGCUCAUUACGGAUGUGAUACUUGGGGUCUUCCACGUUCUCUAGGCUUCUACAUCUCUUCUUUCCUAACCAACAAGUUUAAGACUCAAAACGGCAUGCUCAAAGUAUGGGCGUACACGGGCGACGUUGGAUUGAUUUUGAUCAGUGAAAACUAUGUCUGCGCCAAGAACCGAUCCUUGUACGUGGCUAAUCCAAUUUCACAGGAAUGCGUACGAACCCCUUCUCAUGCUCAUCUCAAGGAAUAUUCAUGUCCCUUGGGGAUGGCCACACAAACUGAGAACGGCAUCCUCUUGGGUUACAAAGUUGUUAUGGUCGACUUCACAGCUAAACAUUUUAGUUUGUUGAUAUUUUCGUCUGAGACAGGCUUGUGGAGUCACAAAAUGGUCCAUAAAAAUUUCACUUUGCGCUAUAAUACAACCAUCAGCUUGCCUGAAAAGAUUCACUGGCUCUCCAAAAGUGACCAGGAAGAAAUUGUUGUAUCCAUGGAUCUUUACGUCACAGGCUCUAUUCAAUGCCGUCUUACGCCUUUCCCGGAUUCAGGAAAACAUCCAAGAUUCGUUAGAUAUCUCUUAACUUGUCAAGGAUCUCUCAUGUAUAUGAACAUAGUCUCUGUAACCAAAGUUGAUGGAAGUGUAGAGGAUAAGCUAUGUCUAUGGAGGCUAAAGAGCGGAGAAUGGCAACUAGUAUCUCAAAUCACCCCUACUUUUAUUGAGACCGGUUUCGAGUAUUUUCCCUUGGGAAUAAAUCCUUUUGAUGAUAAAAAAAGUAUACUGUUGGAGCAACAAGGACAAAAACAGGUUGUUAUCUAUUAA